UUUAAGGCGUCUUCAGUUUGAAAUGAUAAUCCUUUAACGCUGGUGUUGACAAAUUAGCCAACAUUAGCCCCGGAGCUCUUGACGAGCUAACGUUAGCUAGCAAACAAAAGAAGUCUGUUGUGAGACUUUAUCGAGUCCAAGCAGAAUCUAAAAAAACAAACCGUGCAGUCUGACAGACAUUAUCCAAAACACUGGACAAGCAUCAUCUGAAUGGACAAGGCAGCCAGAAGUUUACAGCCCAGCUAGUGAAGCCCAGUAGAGGUGCAGUGAUGCCUGUGAAGAAGAAAAGGCCGUUGCCUGAUGCAGACGAUCAUGAACACAGGCGUAAAAUUACGAGUUUCACGCGGCCUCAGAUCCGAGCGGCGAGGCCGAUUAAUGGCGAGAAGACUUUCUCCACUAAGAAGUGCCUGGCCUGGUUCCACACGUACGCCGGCGCCGACAAGGUGGUCGGUCCAGAGGCCAUGGAGAAGUUCUGCGAAGACAUCGGUGUGGAGCCGGAGAAUAUUAUCAUGUUAGUUUUAGCCUGGCAUCUAGGAGCAGUGAGUAUGGGCUUCUUCACAAAAGACGAGUGGCUCAGAGGGAUGACGAUAUUACAGUGUGACUGUACAGAGCGGCUACAAAGCAAACUGGAUUACCUGCGCAAUGAGCUCAACGACUCCGUGGUCUUCAAGCAUAUCUACAGAUACGCCUUCGACUUCGCCAGAGACAAGGACCAGAGGAGUCUGGACAUGGACACGGCUAAGUCCAUGCUAGCUCUGCUGCUUGGGAGGACGUGGCCUCUGUUCCCAGUCUUCCACCAGUUCCUGGAGCAGUCCAAGUACAAGGGCAUGAACAAGGACCAGUGGUACAACGUCCUGGAGUUCAGCAGGACCAUCAACACAGACCUCAGUAACUACGACGAAGACGGAGCCUGGCCAGUGCUGCUAGAUGAGUUUGUGGAAUGGCAGAAAGGUUGGUCAGCGUCGUAGCCAAACACCAAAAAAAAAGGAGGAGAAAAAAUAAAAACCCACCAACACAGAAAUAAGAAAGGAACCUUUGACACCAACCUCUCGCCAACAAACGACACAGAUAAUGGACUACAUCCCCGUGGACUGACCCCAGACUCACUUCCCUCAGAGGCGCCUUCCUCUCACCCAGUAGACUUUUUAUAGUGUUAAUUUGGAGAAAAGAGAAAAAAAAUGUGGUUAUUAAAAGAAGAAAACGUUGAACUGAGCGCAGAGCUAUGGGAUUUAUGUUUUCUUUAUUCUUUAUUUUUUUCUCAUUUUAUGUCUUGUUUAUAGAUGUUUCACAAUAAUAAAGAGGAAAUGGAAGUACGA